AUGCAUUCACACCACUCGCACUCUGGGGACUAUGUUGCCCAUGGUGUUGAUAAAUUAGAAGAUAUGGUUUCCAGAACAAUUGAAUUGGAAUUUCAAAUAUACUGUCUUACUGAACACAUGCCUAGAAUUAAUUCAAAGUUUUUGUAUCCAGAGGAAACUUCUUCAACUAAAAAUGAUACAGAAUCAUUAGAGAAGUUACAAGAUAAUUUUUCGAAGUUUUUGAGACAUGCAAGUGAAAUUAAAGAGAGAAACUCAUCUAAGCCCACUGCAUUUAUAAUUGGUACUGAAAUCGAAGGUUGUGAUAUCGAACAUAUCGAUUAUGCUAAAACAAUACUUGAGAAACAUAAAGAUACUAUAAAAUUCGCAGUUGGUUCUAUACACCAUGUCAAUUCAAUCCCAAUUGAUUUUGAUCAAAAAAAUUGGAAUAAAGCAUUAUCAUCAUCAAAAAAUAACAUCAAGAAUUUCUUAUUAGAUUAUUAUGAACUUCAAUAUAUAAUGCUUCAAAAAUUGAAACCAUUGGUUGUUGGGCAUUUUGAUUUAUACAAAUUAUUAAUACCCUCUGAUUUGAAAAUAAAUAUCCAUACAGGUGACAUAGCAUAUGACGAUGAUGAUGUUAACAACAUGAUGAUAUCCGAUAUAGAACUAGAAAACAAUUGGGAAAUCGUACAGGCUACAAUAAUUAGAAAUUUGAAGUAUAUUAACUCUUAUGGCGGAUUAAUAGAGAUAAAUACAUCAGCAUUAAGAAAAAAUUUAUCAGAACCUUACCCUGGAUCAAUUAUCUGUAAAUUGGUUAAGGAACAUUGUCAAGGAAGAUUUGUUCUGAGUGAUGACGCACAUGCAAUUUCUCACAUAGGUACCAAUUACAAAAAAGCAUUAGAAUAUAUGACUGACACUAUCCACUUGGAUGAAAUUUAUCAUUUAGAAGAGACCUCUAACGGUGAAAUCAAAGUGGUAUCACAGCCAUUAACCGAAUUUUCAAGAUCAAACUUUUGGAAUAAUCUUGAUUAA